AUGGCGGCUAUGGCGCUACCUCAGGGAAGCACAAGCCUUCCCUUAGAGUGUGUGACGCAUAUUGACAUAAGCACCCUGUCUCAGUCGGAGCUCCUCGCUCUAUCUCUCUUCUCCUUGACCCGCUCAAACGGCGCCAUCGACCACCUGGUGGUCCCCAAAAUCGACCGAUCUCAAUUCAAUGAGAGUGCCGGGUCCCGCCGCCAGACCUACUCUAGAGUCCGGCGGCGCGUGGCGGGCCUGCUCUCUAAUCCGAAAGUAUCAGCACCCCCGGCCCAGCCUGACGACCCGGAACGCAACGAGAACCAGGCCAUCAUCGGCCACCUGAAGCGCUUCAUUUCCCAGGAUCCCAAAUUCGACCAAAUCGACUUGGAGCCCAGCCCGAUGACGAUGAAGGCAUCCUUGUCUGGAAUGGCGGAAUUAGAAAGGAGGAAGAGGAAGCGGGGGAGGAAGCCGAAAGCGAAAGGGUCGAGUGGUGGCGAGGGGCUCAUUGUGAACAAGAAUGGCGCUGCAGUCGACAUCUGGGCUCUGCAGAAUUCGGAGAACCCCUUUGGGGAUGAGUUGAGGAGGAGGACUUUGGGUUUGGAGACUGAGGAGGAGUUGUUGGGUUUCAUGAGGGACUUGGGUGGCCAGUGGGGGAGCAGGAGGAAGAAGAGGAAGAUUGUUGACGCCACUGAAUUCGGGGAUGCCUUGCCCCUCGGUUGGAAGCUCUUGCUCGGCCUCAAGCGCAAGGAACGCCGCGCUUGGAUUUACUGCCGCCGAUAUAUUAGCCCUACUGGACAACAAUUUCUGUCCUGCAAGGAAGUUGCUUCUUUUUUGGAGUCCUUCUUCAGUCUUAAUAAUGCUGAUAGGCAUGAUGGUGAUGGUGGCGAGAACAUUCAGGAGGACCGCAUAGUGGCUACCGAAAAUCAGCAUGCUGAUAAAGAUGGAGAAAAAAGGCAAGAUGUGAGCUUUAACUCUGGUAUACUGGGGUCAUCUAUAUCUAAUGAGCAAUCUAAUGAGCCCGAGAAGAAAGUUAGCAUAUCGGAAAUGGAGAAUCUUGCUGAGGUUCAGAUACAUAACCUUUUUGAAUGUCACAAAUGCAGUAUGACUUUUGCCGAUAAGGAUUCAUAUUUGCAGCAUCUGUUGUCCUUUCACCAGAGGACUACAAGGAGGUAUAGACUUGGUUCGACAGUUGGGGAUGGUGUGAUUAUUAAGGAUGGGAAAUAUGAGUGCCAGUUCUGCCAUAAGGUAUUUCUGGAAAGGCGUCGCUAUAAUGGGCAUGUAGGAAUCCAUGUUCGAAAUUAUGUGAGGAGGGUCGAAGAGUCACCAGGUCCAACAACUCUUCAAAAGAAAAUAGAGUCUCCAACAAGGGAAGAUUUGCCAUCAAGGAAUUCUAAAAUGGACGCUUUGAUUGAAAUUGCUCAAAACUCUAUCCUUGAAACCUCCACUGCUGGACCCAGUAAGGAAUUAAAAGGUUGUGCUGCACCAGAUCCAUACAUCAAUAUUAGUUCAGAAAUUCCUGCUUCCCCUUCUCACAGAGAAAUGAAUAUAGAAUCUAAACUGACAGAACACAACAUGGAAGAUCUUAUGAUCGAAGGAAUUAAUGAAGAUGAGCUGGAGAGUGAUCAUACAAUGACUGAUGGAAGUAUGGAGGAAGCUGUGGAUGCUGCAGAAGCUGUCGAUUCUACGGAAGUUGUCGAUGCUAUGGAAGUUGCAAAUGUUCAGAUGAAUUCUUGUUUGGUUACAACUGCGUUAUCUGCUGAAGAGAAAAACGGGAAGACAUCUGAAAGUUCUGUGGAGAAAAAUGGUUUAGCAUCCACUUCUGGUGAAUUAGAGAUGUCUGGCACCAAGCAAGAGAAUGUUUCUGUAUGUCACCAUGUACAUGGUCCUUCAAAUAAUCAAUCUGCUAGUGAUGUUGCAGACAAUGUAAAAUAUGCAAGUGCAUUAGAGCAUCCCAGUCCAGUUGAAGUCAAUAAACAAAAGCAUACUGAAUCAAUUGGUAGCUUCAAUCAACCUUGUCCAGCUAAUAAUUGUUCCUUGGGGUUUCAUGCCUCUAACAGAAAUGAACUACAAACUGGGAUUUGUGACACCUCAAUGUCACUGGUGCCACCUUUGCUCUGUCCUCCCACAUCCAAUACAAUUCUGCAAAAGGGAGAUGAACAUGUUAUUGGUGUUGACCAGAGAGAUGACCAUGUAAUGGGUCUAGAGGAUCUGCAACAAAAUGAGAUAGAACAUCUGAAGCAUGGUUCUGCUUCUGUGCAAGAAUCUCUUACACUGGAGGAGGUAUCGAUGGAUAUGUCAAAUAGUUCAGAGAUGCAGAGAUCAGUUGAAGUCAUGCUAAACAUGGCUGGCAGCAAUCAGCUUACAACUGCUUGUGUCUGGUGUGGAGUAGAGUUCAAACAUGAGGCUGUGGAUUACGAGGUACAACACGGUUCUGUUGGCUUUAUGUGUCCAGUGUGCAAGGCAAAUAUUUCUGAACGUGAAUGAGUGAGAAAAGAAAAGGGUCCCUGUAAGGAUCAAGAUAUUUCCCUGCCCACAGUAAUUCCUGUUUAUGUAGCCCUGAUUGUUUAUGUAUUUUUUCCUUUUAUCCUAUGUGUUCGUCUUAUGACAUUAUAAU